ACUUCCACAUGCCAGUGAGUGCGGCCAAGAAAAAUCAGAGAAAAUUCCCAGCUUUCAAGUCUAAUAAAGGAAUAGGAGUUAAAAAACGGAAAAUUAUCAUUCCCAAGAGCUGAAGCAUAGUUUUAUUACCCCCUUGCUUUCAACAAAUAUACAGAUUCCAGGAGAACAAGCUGACUAAUGGUUAAAGCAGGGUGCCAUUCCAUCUCAUUUUCAGCAGAAUGUUAUAUCAUCUCUCCAUUUCACUUCAAGCACUGUGAAAACUCAAUUUUCCAACCCCAAAAGGCACAAAUCUUAAUUCCUUUUUGUAAAGAUUUCAUCACUGCCACUGUCAACAGCAAUUUAAACACUCAACGUAGGUACUGAGCUGGAUGCUGCAAUAGCCACACACAAAAAAGAACACAAACCAGUCUUGAGGCACAAAUUGCCCACAAAGUCCUAAUACACAGUUAUCUAUUCACUGGUCCUGCAUGAUCCUCUAGCCCCCUCUAAACCAUAGGAAUCUAUUCUGAGAGCCCUCCAAAUUUGUAGGGAGUAAAAAAAGACUGAUUCUGAGUCAGAGCAUCAAUACUAUUCGAUCCUGCAAAGCUCCAUAAAAAUAAAUAGUAAAUUCUCCAAAGCCUGCCUGACUUCAUUUUCAGCAGAAUAAUGAACUCCUACUUGAGAGUUAUAGAAUCUCUGAGUUGAAAUAAUUAAGUCCAGGUGUGGUUCUGGCUAGAAGCCACGUUGCUAUGGCAACUCCCAAUCGCCAUUUUAGGUCUUUUCUCGGGCUCCCGUCCUCGCGUCACUUCCGGCGUUACCUGUGUGGUUACUGGGAGCUGUAAACAAGGUGUGCAAGCAUCUGGAGAGCUGUCGGGAUGCAGCACAGUGGGGCCACUGGAAGCCGUGGCUGCGUCCUAUGCCCACUGCUGGGCGUUCUGUUUUUCCAGGGUGUUUACAUCGUCCUUUCCCUGGAGAUUAAAGCAGAUGCCCAUGUCCAGGGUUAUGUUGGAGAAAGUAUCAAGUUGAAAUGCACCUUCAAGUCAAGUUCAUCCAUCACUGACAAACUCACCAUAGACUGGACAUAUCGACCUCCCAGCAGCAGUCGCACAGAAUCAAUUUUUCAUUAUCAGUCUUUCCAGUACCCAACCACAUCGGGCACGUUUCGGGAUCGAAUUUCCUGGGUUGGAGAUGUAUACAAAGGGGAUGCAUCCAUAAGCAUAAAGAACCCUACUAUAAAGGACAAUGGGACAUUCAGCUGUGCUGUGAAGAAUCCUCCAGACGUGCACCAUAAUAUUCCGGUGACAGAGUUAACAGUCACAGAAAGGGGUUUUGGCACCAUGCUCUCCUCUGUGGCUCUUCUUUCCAUCCUCGUCUUCAUUCCCUCAGCUGUGGUGGUGGUUCUGCUGCUGGUGAGAAUGGCGAGGAAGUCUGCGGGACUGAAGAAGAGGAGCAAGUCUGGCUAUAAGAAGUCAUCUAUUGAAGUUUCAGAUGAUACUGACCAAGAGGAGGAGAACGACUGCAUGAUGAAGCUUUGUGUCCGCUGUGCUGAGUGUCUGGAUUCAGACUAUGAAGAGACAUACUGAUGAAAGUCUACGUGAUACAAGAAGAGUCACCUAGCAACAGCCAAUGUCCUGUUUCACUGGCAGCUAAAGCCUCAGAGAUGUGGAGCCAGCCUGGACAGUAGUGGUGGAGGAUUCUGGAAGUCAUCAGUAAAGACUUUAGAAACCAUUUAUUUAUUGCAAAAAUGUUCUUUUUUGUAUUUAUAAACUAUUCAGAAACUCUCAGAAGAGACUCAUAACUACCCCCUUUUAAUAACUUAAACUCUAACUGAAUGAAGGUAUUCUUUUCCUGAAUAGGAAGAUACUUUUUAUUAUGCUUUUGUUCUUGAAUGUAUUACAUGUUUUCUUCCAGUUUUUUGAAGGAGAAUCCUAGAUGUUGGCCAUACUGUUGGUGCCAAUAAUAUAUAUGUGUGUAAACACACACACACACACACACACACACACACACACACACACACACGCGCGCACACUUAAUGAAAUGGAGCUUGAGCUUUCUGAUGUGCCCCCAGGCAACAUGUUUGUUUAGGAUAAGUAUUCUCUGUUUUUUUGCUCCGUGAACAUUUUCAGCUGUGAGUUAGCAUACAGCAUAUACUCAUUGGUUUAAUUAUCUUAUCAUCAGUUGUGUUUGGGUGGCUUGGAAUGCAUAACUCCAACUUUUUUAGAGUUGGUAGGAUCAGGACUCGAUGGUUUACUUUGUGUUUUUAAAGUAUUAAAGAAAGUGUUGUUAAUUUGCAAUCAAGGAGAGAAAUGACAAGGUAGAAGGAUUCCUUUCUUUUGUCUUAUGAGGUGCAAUUUGUUAUUUUGCUUUCUCACAACUGACUGAUGUAUGGUUUCCUUGACUUUUCAGAUCAGAGGCAAGAAAAACUCUUCAAAAAGUUUUUAGUGGGAAUGCGUAGACCAUUUUAUCAGCUAUUUGCAAUGAAAUCACCAUUUAACCUAUGGCAUUCUUCAAAACUUGUUUGAUUUCUUAUUGUGCCACUAAGGUAUUUACAUAAUAUUUGAGAUAAGGAAGUGAGGGUGUGAAUAACCUAUGCUUCCUCCUUCUGUUCUCUUGAUCCCUCCUGUCAGCUUCCCCCAUUCCUUCCUGCAGCAGCCUAUUUCCAAUUUUAAUUUACGUGGGAUUUUCUGUAAGCCAUUAAGAAAUAUGUAUGACACAUCAGAAAGGUUGGCUGUGUAUGGAGUUCCUGUCGUGGCGCAGUGGUUAACGAAUCCGACUAGGAACC